AUUAUAUCAAUAUUAUCAAUUGAAAAUCAAAUUAAAUUCUCUUCGCAAUUUAAAAAAAAAAAAGACUAUUGUGGGUGUGUUCAGCUUUUGUUCACUUGUUGUUGUUGUUGUUGUUGUUUGUUUGUUGUUAAUGUUUCGUUCCAUAUUCGUUUUUCAUUUUUUUUUCUUCGCUAUCAUUAAUUAUUCAUGUGUGCUGCUGCUAUUUUAUUAAAUCAAAUCAGAUUAAAAUUAUUAUUAUAAGAUGAUCAUGAUGAUGGAUUCUAUGGAUCCGACUCCAUCACAUACAGCACCACAAUUGCCAUUAUCAUCAUCAUCAUCAUCAUCAUCAUCAUCACCAACAAUGACAACACAACAUAAUAAUAAUUCUGUGGGUACGGUGAAUAACGUUCCGCCUACGCCAUUACCACCACCACAACCUCCACCAACGCCACCAUCACCAUCAUGUCAAUUAGACAAUAAUAAUUCUCGAUUGAUGUCAAACAAAAUUGGUGAUAAUGACAAUGAUAAUAAUAAUGAUGACUACAUCAUUCCAAAUCAACAAGAAUCUCUUCAACAAACUAGUGCCAACAAUGAUAUUAAUGUGGAUGAAAAUGUUCAAUUCUCUCCAACGAAUAUGAUGAUGAUGACAAUGGAAAAAAAUAUGCUAACUUCUUCCGCUGCAACUACAAUGACAAAGACAAAGUUGACUACAACUAGUACUGCCGCUGACACUACGAAUUCUCAGUCAUUAUCAUCCUUAAUCACAACAACGACAGAUACGAAUAUUAACAAUAAUCAAACAACCGAUAUGGCUAAUCGUUUAGCUAAAAUUCUAACCUGUAUACAGGGAGCAAUCGGUGCAAAUGUACAAGAUGAAAUGGUUGCACAACAAAGUCAGCUAUUAGUGGCAAUGGCAGCAACAAUGGCUGCUGCAGCUACAACAGGAAACGAAUCGAUUGCAAUACAACAGGAACAAUUAUUAGCAUCAAUGGCACCAACUUUGAUCAAUCUUGUCAAUAAUAAUAUUCAAAAUAAUUCAAGACGAUCAUCAAAUUCAUCAUCCGCAUCAUCAUCAUCGUCAUGA